AAUACCGGCGGAAAGAGAAACAGCGCAGAGGAUCCGCAGCACCGAGACCCAGCUCAGUCAUGGCUACCCGGAUGAUGCAGGCGGCUCGAUGCCCCACUGAUGAACUUUCAUUAACUAACUGUGCAGUGGUGAGUGAGAAAGAUCUACAAUCAGGACUACACGUGGCUGUUAAAACAACGCCGAACCACAAGUUUGUGUUCACAGUGAAGAGUCACAACACCGUAACUCCUGGAACUUUAGCAUUUAGCUUACCACAGAGAAAAUGGGCCGGACUCUCUAUUGGACAGGAAGUGGAGGUGUCAAUGUACACAUUUGAUAAAUCGAAGCAGUGCAUCGGAGUGAUGACGAUCGAGAUCGACUUCCUGCAGAAGAAAAGCACCGACUCUUCUCCGUACGAUUCCGAUAAAAUGGCCAACGAAUUUAUUCAGCAGUUCAAUAACCAGGCUUUUAGUGUUGGCCAACAGCUGGUGUUCAGUUUCUGUGAUAAAUUAUUCGGGUUGGUGGUGAAGGAUAUUGAGGUGAUGGACGCCAGCAUCCUGAAAGGAGAAAUUGCAACCAGCAAAAAACAAAAGAUUGAGAUCGGACUGUUGGUGGGAAACAGUCAGGUGAUUUUUGAGAAAGCUGAGAGUUCCUCUCUCACUCUAGUUGGAAAAGCCAAAACUAAAGAGGCUCGUCAGACCAUCAUCAACCCAGACUGGAACUUUGAGAAGAUGGGGAUCGGUGGUCUGGAUAAAGAAUUCUCCGAUAUUUUCAGGAGAGCGUUCGCGUCCCGGGUCUUCCCUCCCGACAUCGUGGAGCAGAUGGGAUGUAAGCAUGUGAAGGGAAUCCUGCUGUUUGGACCCCCCGGCUGUGGGAAAACUCUGAUGGCCAGACAGAUUGGAAAGAUGCUGAACGCUCGAGAACCCAAAGUGGUGAACGGACCGGAGAUCCUCAACAAGUACGUGGGAGAGUCAGAGGCCAACAUCCGAAAACUGUUUGCUGACGCCGAGGAGGAACAAAAGAGACUGGGUGCUAACAGCGGCCUGCACAUUAUAAUCUUUGAUGAGUUGGAUGCGAUUUGUAAGCAGCGUGGAACCGGAGCGAGCAGCACCGGCGUUCAUGAUACAGUCGUUAAUCAGCUACUGUCCAAGAUUGAUGGUGUCGAACAACUCAACAACAUCCUGGUUAUAGGAAUGACUAACAGACCGGAUCUGAUCGAUGACGCUCUGAUGAGACCUGGCAGGUUCGAGGUGAAGAUGGAAAUCGGGUUACCAGAUGAGAAGGGUCGAAUGCAGAUUCUCAGCAUUCACACGGCCAAGAUGCGAGAGUUUAAGUUGCUCUCCACCGAUGUUGAUCUGAAAGAACUCGCCACUGAAACCAAAAACUACAGCGGAGCAGAACUGGAGGGGUUAGUGAGAGCGGCUCAGUCCACGGCCAUGAACCGACACAUCAAGGCUACAGCUACAGUAGAAGUUGAUUUAGAGAAAGCUGAGAAGCUGCAGGUUUGCAGAGCAGAUUUUAUGGGUUCACUUAACAACGACAUCAAACCCGCGUUUGGUACUAAUCAGGAGGAUUAUGCCAGUUACGUUAUGAAUGGAAUUAUUAAAUGGGGGGACCAGGUGAGUCGUGUACUGGAUGAUGGGGAAUUACUGGUCCAGCAAACCAAAAACAGUGACAGAACUCCACUGGUGGCUGUGCUGCUCGAGGGUCCUCCUCACAGCGGUAAAACUGCUUUAGCUGCUAAAAUUGCUGAAGAUUCUGAGUUUCCCUUCAUUAAAAUCUGCAGUCCAGAUAAAAUGAUCGGACAUUCUGAAAUCUCCAAGUGUCAGGCCAUCAAAAAGAUAUUUGAUGAUGCGUAUAAAUCUCAGUUGAGCUGUGUGGUGGUGGAUGAUAUUGAACGUUUGCUGGAUUACGUUCCUAUUGGUCCUCGGUUCUCUAAUCUGGUUCUACAAGCACUGCUGGUUCUACUGAAGAAAGCUCCACCUCAUGGGCGUAAGUUGUUGAUUAUCGGUACUACGAGUCGUAAGGAUGUCCUGCAGGAGAUGGAGAUGCUGGAUGCUUUUAGCACCACCAUUCACAUCCCCAACAUCAGUAGUGGAGAUCACCUGGUGGAGGCGCUGGAGUUAUUAGGUAGUUUUACUGAUGCAGAACGAGCCACCAUCGCUCAGCAGGUGAAGGGGAAAAGUGUUUGGAUUGGAAUUAAGAAGCUGCUGAUGCUGAUUGAGAUGUCACUGCAGAUGGAUCAGGAGUAUCGCGUCAGUAAAUUUCUCUCUCUGCUGCGAGACGAGGGGGCAGAACGUGGCUUCUACAAAUAACAACACAUCACUAUCGACCGACAAACAAUCAAAUCGGUCAGCUCACACACACACACACACACACACACAGAGUGUGGGCAUGUUAAUUAGCGCUGUUAGCCAUGUGUGUUUCAAAUCUUGUGCUUUUUAUGCUGUUCAUGUGAAUAAAAAAUAUAUAACAUAAAUGAGAUUAUAAAGCUGUACGAAUGAAUUUAAAUUCUAUCAUGAAUUCAUCACGGUUCACUCUGUAUAAGCUGUGUGUUUAUAUUAGCGUAUGUAGUGUUUAUGAUGCAGCUGUGUAACGUGUAGCUAACUGUAUUUAGUAUCACUCUGAUUUGAUCUGAUUCUGUCUGAUUCAUGCUUCAGUGUUCAGUGUGUAAGACCCAGGGUGCAGAUUUUCCAGAGACCAAUGUAAAGUAGAGUCUAGACUUGGCCACUUGUUUCCUCUAGUCUUUCAGGCUCAGAUCUUUUAUUAUGUUUAAUGUUAUUAGGGAUUACAGUGCACAACCACUGAUUACAGUCCCACAAUUAGAAAUAGCCAAUCAGAGAGCAAGAAAAAUUAUAAAAGAAUAGAUUAAUACAAAGAAAUGUGUUGAACUCAUUUAUUUAAGUGUAAGGAACAUUAAAGGGCGUUCUAUUUCUAAACUGUAUCAGGCUGCAGAGCUGCUAUGUCCCAAAUACCUUCCUGUCAUUUAAAGAGUGGCAGAAUAAGUUCUCCCAAGUGGUGAGAUCAUUACAUCAUACACACAGUAAAUAGCAUGUGGUUUGUGACACAGCCCUUUAGCUCACCGUGAGAAGCAGCAUCGCUCCACUCCAUGUGCAACCUAAAACAUUAUAUUAUACUCAAAUAUAUAUUAAUAUUAAAUUAAACUUGAAUGUUAUUACAUUUACCUUGUAAAACUGCUCCGGUACUUUUAGUUCUUGGUUUAAAUUCAUUCUGUGGUCGGUCACACAUUCACAGUGCUGUUUUAUUUAUAAUCUGGAUUCAACAUCUCAAUUUUAUUCUCACUUGUUAAUUAGUAACAUCGUUAUCGUUUUUUUUGCAUUCAUGUGUGAGUGUGUUGGAUUUUGCAUUGUGUAUGGAUAAUAUUUAUUGCUAACUGAAUAAUGUUAAGUGAUUUUGCCUGUGUAUUACUGUGAUUGGUGAUUGGUGUUGUGAUGUCAUCAACAUGAAUGAUGUCAUAUAUAUGUCAAAAUGAUGUAAUACUGCAAUAAAACACACAUGAAAACUGA